AUGGAUGACACGGAUGACAUGGAUGACACGGAUGACAUGGAUGACACGGAUGACAUGGAUGACAUGGAUGAUACGGAUGACACGGAUGACAUGGAUGACAUGGAUGACACGGAUGACAUGGAUGACACGGAUGAAAUGGAUGACACGGAUGACACGAAUGACACGGAUGACAUAAAUGACACGGGUGACAUGGAUGACAUGGAUGACACGGAUGACAUGGAUGACACGGAUGACAUGGAUGACACGGAUGACACGGAUGACAUGGAUGACACGGAUGACAUGGAUGAUACGGAUGACAUGGAUGUUAUUAUUGAAUGGCAUGGUGUUUUAGCCGAUGAAGGCCUCGUGGCCCUAACGUACCGUGUUUUUACUUUGGUCCAAACAGCUUCCCUAAAUGUAGACUAUGUCUAUGGUAUAUUUUCUAUACAGACAUCCUGA